UCUCGAUUUAUGUCCUUAUUGAUUUAUAAAAACGGAGAAAAGGCCAAUGUUGUAGAUGUUAAUAAAAAUAGAGUUUACUGUGAAUCUUUGCUCAGUUUAAUCGCUUAUAAGUAAGAUAUUAUAUCCUCUUCUUGUAUAUUCCUGUCAUUAUGUGAGUGUCACCUGAAAACCAUGGACUAUCUCGGAAAACGUGAACGCAAAGUCCAUCCUAAAGAGAAAGCCAACAUUUUAUCAAAUUUAUCAUUUUUCUACACUUUAAAAUUAUUCAGAAAGGGUUACAAAAAUGAUUUGGAAGAAGACGACUUGUAUGAGGUUUUGAAGAGUUACAGAUCGAAGCCGUUGGGAGACCAGUUAGAAGCAGAAUGGGAAAAACAGAAAAAGAAAGGAAAAAACAACUCAAUAGUCCGUUUGUUGUGGGCUUGCUACGGGUGGCAGUACAUUCUCCUUGGUUUAGUGCAACUCAUUGUCAAAACAACGAUGAUAGUCGUCCAACCGCAAGCUUUGAGCAAAAUUAUUUCCUAUUUCAAUCCGAACCAAACUGAAAUGACCAAAAAGGACGCAUAUUUCUAUGCCACACUUUUGAUCGCAAUCAAUUUAAUUAACUGUAUUUAUGUCCACAAUUAUCAAUUAGCUGUAACAGGACUCGGAAUUAAAGUUCGCACAGCUUUCUGUUCAUUUAUUUACAGAAAAGCUCUAAAAUUGAGUCCCACAAGACUCAGCGAUAUAUCAAUUGGACGAAUUGUGACUUUGAUGACGAAAGAUGUGCAUUCUUUCGAAAGUUUCAUCCAUUUCGCCAAUGAUUUAUGGAUCGGAAUUGUCAAAUCCGGGGUCAUUUUUUAUAUAAUUUACCGGAAAAUUGGAGUAUCUGCGUUUGCAGGAGUCUUGCUUUUUGUUAUUUUGUUCCCAAUGCAAGCUUAUUUGGGUUCAAAAUCGGCGAAAUUGCGUAUGAAAAUGUGCAAGAAAACAGACGAUAGGUUACAACUAACUCAGGAAACGUUAUCGGCGAUCAAAAUAAUCAAAAUGUACACCUGGGAAAAGUUUUUUGACAAGAAAAUUCUAGAUGCUAGAAAGAAGGAAAUCAAAACAAUGCACACUAACUUCUACUUAAAGUUUAUUGUACUACAGAUAGGUAAUUUGAGUGGCAAAAUGGCUUUUUACCUCCUUAUCAUGACUUACACAUGGCUCGAUAAUCACGUUACUGCUGAAAUUGUGUAUUUUGUGGAAAGUUGUCUUCAGACAGUCACCCACACUAUCAGUAUCCUUUUCCCUAUCGGUAUCACUCAAACAGCCGAACUGUCAGCCUCUAUUAAAAGAAUUGGAAACGUUUUGAAAGCACUAGAAGUGCCAACAGAACAACCCGAAGAAGAUUUAACAAUCAAACCAAAAAUCGCGCUGAAGGACGUUAGUGUUAAGUUCAAAGACAAGGAAAUCCUCCAUUCCAUAAACCUGACACUUGACAUGGGGGUCACUCUCAUUACUGGUCCCGUCGGAAGCGGUAAAAGCUUCCUCUUGAAGACUAUCCUGCAGGAUUAUGAACCUUCAAGUGGAGGAUUAGUUUCAAAAGGACGAAUUUCUUACGCUUCUCAGGAACCUUGGCUUUUCCCUUCCUCAAUCAAACAAAAUAUUUUAUUCGGGCAAAAGUGGGACGAAAAACGCUACAAUGAAGUCUUGAAAGUGUGUGCACUAGUAUACGACUUUGAUUUGCUAUCAGCCGGUGAUAACACCAUCGUUGAGGAUCGAGGAAUUAAUUUGAGUAAAGGACAACAAGCUCGAAUCAAUUUAGCGCGAGCUGUGUACAAAGAAAGCGAGAUUUAUCUACUUGAUGAUUGUUUGUCGGCUUUGGAUGCACAUGUCAGUGAUUUUAUUUUCAAAGAGUGCAUUUUGAAGUUUUUGAGGAACAAACUGGUGGUUUUUGUUAGCCAUAAUGCCAGUCAUGUGAAGGAUGUUGACAAUGUUGUCAUCAUGCACGAUGGCUCCAUUUCGUCCUGUGUCAAGUCGUCAGAAAUUACCGAAACCCAAAUUUUGGAGGAGAUCAUCAACGAUAAGGAAAAGAGCGAGGAUAUAAUAGACGAAGAAGACGACGAAGUGGACGAAAAAACAAAACUAGUGACUGAAACCACCAAAGAACGAAAGGUUUAUCAAGAAAUUAAACAAAAAGGCGAAGUGAAUCUCUCUGUUUACACCAAAUAUAUUAAAUUUGGUGGUGGAUUCUUCAUUUUCGUGUUACUCCUCGUCGCAUUUGGAAUUUCACAAUUUGUUCACAGUUAUGCCGACAAAUUAGUCAGUCAAUGGGUCAAUCUCGAGACGAAAAUUUCAAAUUUCACUUUUAGUAAUAUUACGAAUCUGACAGAAAUACAGAAGGAGACGAUAAUGAGUCAUCGUGAUUUUACUCAACACCUUUUCAGUGCAAUGACGGCUUUGACUGUAGCUUUUGAGCUUGGUCGAAUUUUGGCACUUUUUGCUGUUGCGAAAAGAGCCUCCAUCAAGUUGCACAAAUACAUGAUUGAUCAUAUUAUCAAAGCUACCAUGCAUUUCUUUGAUACUAAUUUUAUCGGGAAUAUUUUGAACCGGUUUUCGAAGGAUUUAUCCUUGAUUGACGAACAUCUACCAUUUGUGAUUUACCAAGUGUUUAGAGCUUUCCUUGUUAUAAUUGGUGUUUUGGUACUAAUAUACACAGUCAUAAAAUCUUUUCUAAUUCCGACUUUCGCAUUCUUGUGUAUUUUAGUUGUCAUUAGACGAUACUAUCUCCCAACAGGACGAAGUCUCAAACGUUUGGAUGCUGCUACGCGAAGUCCAGUUGUUGGUCACUUGAACGCAACCCUUGAAGGUUUAACAACAAUCAGAGCUUUCAAAGCUGAGCAAAUACUGCGAGACGAAUAUGACAGACAUCAAGACCUUUACACUUCUGCUUCGUACAAUUUCCAGUGCAGUAUGAGGGCUUUUGCGUAUUGUUUGGAUACUUUCAAUACAAUUUUUAUAGCAUCGGUGAUUCUGAGAUUUGUAAUUUUUGACGAUGUGACAGAAGCCGGAGAUGUUGGUCUUGCCAUCACUCAAGCCUUCAGAAUGACGGGAACUCUGCAAUGGGGAAUCCGCCAAUGGGCCGAAAUUGAAAAUUCGAUGACUUCUGUUGAACGCGUCCUUGAAUAUACUGAAGUCAAACAGGAGAACAACAAAGGACAAACACUGGAAUAUUGGCCAACUAAAGGAGAAGUCAGAUACGAAAAUGUCUACUUGUCGUACAAUAACUCCGACGAGUAUGUCUUAAAAGACAUUAAUUUCACUGCAAACCCGAGGGAAAAGAUCGGAAUUGUUGGGAGAACUGGUGCUGGGAAAUCGUCAAUCAUCUCUACCUUGUUCAGACUGUACGAAGUCAAAGGAAAAAUCACGAUUGAUGGAGUUGAUACCAAAACCCUGUCUUUGGAUUACUUGAGGAGAAACAUUUCGAUUAUCCCCCAAGACCCAGUCCUCUUCUCUGGAAGAAUCCGCGAUAAUAUUGAUCCUGAAGGGAUAUACACAGACGACCAAAUUUGGAAAGCUAUAGAAACGGCCAAUUUAAGACACCUGGUUCCUAGCUUAGAUUACGAAAUUACGGAAAAUGGUUCCAACUUUAGUGUUGGCCAAAGACAGUUAAUUUGUUUGGCUAGAGCUGUCGUCCGUAAUAACAGAAUUAUCGUCCUGGAUGAAGCUACAGCUAAUAUGGAUAAAGAAACGGAUGCUUUGAUAUAUCAAACGAUACAUGAGAACUUUGCCUCUUGUACUGUUUUCACCAUAGCGCACAAAUUGCAUACGAUUAUAAAUUCAGAUAAAGUGAUUGUUAUGGAUAAAGGACAGAUUAUCGAGUGUGAUGAUCCCAAUAGUUUGUUGCAAAACACACAAGGGGUGUUUUAUAAUAUGGUCAAAAAAUCAGGGUUGUUGCCAACAGCUGACGCAUAGAGUCAUUUCUUAAAUUAAGAAUUAAAUAAAAGAAAUUAUUAUUUAUUUGAUA